CCAUCUUCCGUUCAUAGAGCAUCAGCAUAUUAAGCAAAACUUGCAUAAAAAUGAAUUUUGGAUAUCAAGGCCAAAGCAGUGAAACUGAAAAGCUCAUUCCAAAGCCAAAGUAUCCAUACUCAGUGUUUUUCAUCUUCAGCAAUGAAUUCUGCGAAAGGUUCAACUAUUAUGGAAUGCGAACAAUUCUGGUGAUAUAUUUGUCACAAAAACUUGGCUAUUCUGAUGAUGACGCGACUAUCAUUUUUCAUUCGUUUACAACUCUCGUUUACUUGUUUUGUAUUUUUGGAGCUAUUCUGGCUGAUAGCUGGUGGGGAAAAUUCAAUACAAUUGUAUGGCUAUCAAUUGUUUAUGUUAUGGGAAACUCAAUUCUAACACUAGGAUCGAUUGAGCCUUGUCACAUGCCACCCAAAACGUUCACAUUUAUUGGCUUAGUAUUGAUUGCCAUUGGUAGUGGUGGUAUUAAACCUUGUGUUGCUGCUUUUGGUGGUGAACAAUUUAAAAUGCCAGAACAAGCCAAGCAACUUGCGACUUUCUUCUCAUUGUUUUACUUCUCAAUCAAUGCCGGUUCUUUGCUUUCAACAUUUAUUAUUCCAAUUUUAAGGGAUGUGAAAUGUAUGAAUAUGGAUUCUUGUUUCCCACUCGGUUUUGGACUUCCUGUUGUUUUAAUGAUGUUGUCAAUUGUUCUGUUCCUUUCGGGAAAAUAUAAAACAAAGCCAGCUGAGGGUAACAUGUUUGUGAAGGUGCUGAAAUGUAUUUGUAAUGCCAUUGGAACAAAACGAAUUGAGAGUGGCAUUAAUCCGAAAGAACACUGGCUUGAAUAUGCAGAACAGAAAUUUGGAAAGAAGCUUGUCAUGGAAACCAAGAUUCUCCUCAACGUACUUUUUCUUUACAUCCCACUUCCGAUUUUCUGGGCACUAUUUGAUCAACAAGGAUCAAGAUGGACAUUUCAAGCUACACGUAUGGAUGGUGAUUUGGGAUGGUUCACAAUCAUGCCUGAUCAAAUGCAAGUCAUCAACCCAGUGCUAAUCCUCACAUUUAUUCCAUUAUUUGAGUUUUUGUUGUAUCCACUACUUGCACUAUUUGGAAUUCGACGACCGCUUCAGAAAAUGACACUUGGUGGAAUUUUGGCAGGAAUUGCUUUUCUUUGCUCCAUGUUUUUAGAAACAAAGCUAGAAGCAACAUAUCCGGUACUUCCAAUGGUGGGAUUCUCACAAUUUAGGAUGUACAAUGCGAGAAAUUGUGAAUAUAAUGUGGCUACUACUCUUAGUGGAAAUGCUAGCAAAUUCAAAAUUAAGUCCAAUUCAUAUUUUAAGUAUCUUUUCAUUCCAAUUAGUGGAGGUUUUCAAGACUUUUCUUAUAAUUUGACUAGUCAACACAAACAUUGUGAUUCAUAUCAAGGAACAGGAAAGUUGAAUUCUGGAACAGCUAAUAGUUUCUUAAUUACUGGAAAUGGAAGUAAAGCUAAAAUUCAUGAAUUUGAAGACAAUCCAGACAAAUCUCGUAAUGGAAAACCUGUCAUCAGAGUUUUAGCAAACAUCAAUCCAGUAAGUCAUAUUAAGUUACAGAAUCAAGAUGGAAUACAGUAUGAUCAUAACUCAAGCUUUAUGAAACGUUUUGAAAUGCCAGAUGGAUUGUACAAUAUUUCAGUAGAUAACAAAAUAGUUGAAAUUGGAAUCAAAUUUAAGCAUGGUGGAGUUUAUGCUGUGGUUAUUCAUGAAAAAUCAAAUGUCAGAUUUGCUUCAAAAGUCUCAAUAGUAACUCAGCCUAAUUCUUUGAAUAUGUUAUGGCUAGUUCCUCAAUAUUUUAUCAUGACACUUGCAGAGGUUAUGUUCUCAGUAACAGGACUUCAGUUCGCAUAUACACAAGCUCCAGAAAGUAUGAAGAGUGUCAUUCAAGGUUUUUGGCUGUUAACAGUUUCUAUUGGAGAUAUUAUUGUUACGAUUGUUGUUGGUGCAAAUUUUUUUGACUCACAAGUACACGAAUUUCUGUUGUUUGCAUGCCUGAUGUUUGUCGAUAUGGCGAUUUUUGCAAUAUUGGGGAUCUAUUAUAAGCCGAUUCCACUUGAAAACAUUAAGGAAUUUGAAGAAGGAAAUGAAGAGUAAUUGAGGUUAUCAAAAUAAGAUCGAUUAGGGGUCGUUCACUCAUGACGUCCGAAAUUAUCGGUCAUUUUGCAAAAAAGAACAAUGGAUUUCCUAGAAUUUCUAUUGUUCUUUAUUUGCUGACCCCCCCCCCCCCCCUUGGACGUCAUAAGUGAACGGCCCCUUAGUGAUUAACGAUAAAGACAGCGUGGAAGAUAACGAGUUCACAUACUUACACGCAUGCAUAUGAGAGGAACUAGACAUUUUGUCAUCAGAAAAUAAUUAAAAUAAAUUGCAU